AUGGCCGUUCGGAUACCCCCACCAUGUCGAUUUUGCUCGACAAAGAUGCUCAUCCGGGGCCCCCAAGUCUCCCACCUCAGUCACUUUCGAAUACUUAGCCGCAGCUUCUCGUCUCGGCCUCCGUUAUGGCAACUAAUCACACCCGCAUCGCAGAGCCAAAUAUCGUCCAAAAAGAACCUCACCACACUGUAUUAUACAAUUAGCACAAUUGUCGGAACAGUCGCCCUUGCUUAUGCAUCCGUUCCAUUAUACAAAAUGAUAUGUCAACAAAUGGGAUGGAAUGGUCAGCCCGUUACAUCCCACCUUGUUAACGGGGAAGACACCGCGUCUCGCCUCGUUCCGAUUACCGAUUCCCGGAGGCUCCGCAUCACUUUCAACGGCUCCGUUUCAGACGUCCUUCCUUGGAAAUUUACACCUCAACAACGAGAAGUUCGAGUUCUUCCGGGAGAGACGGCAUUGGCAUUCUAUACUGCCACAAACAAAGGUGACAGUGACAUCAUUGGUGUUGCGACAUAUAGUGUGACCCCUGGUCAAGUGUCCCCAUAUUUCAGCAAAAUCCAGUGUUUCUGCUUUGAGGAGCAGAGAUUAAAUGCGGGGGAAACCGUUGACAUGCCAGUAUUUUUCUUCAUCGACCCUGAUUUUGUGAAAGACCCGGCGAUGAAGGGAAUUGACACAAUAACAUUAUCGUACACGUUUUUUAAGGCGCGAUACGAUGACAAUGGAAUUUUACGACCAAUACCUACAAGAUGA